AUGGGCUGCGGAUUUUUGCUUGCCACAUUGGGUGGAUUGACUUCUGUGCUCGAGGGUCACACUGGCUCCGUCCUCUGCCUACAGUAUGAAGGCAAUCUCCUUAUCAGUGGUUCCAGUGAUUCCAGCGUUCGUCUCUGGGACCUCUCCACAGGCGAGUGCUUACACACACUGCGCCAUCACAGCGAAGCUGUCCUUCACCUACGCUUCCGCAACAACAUCCUGGUGACUUGUUCAAAGGUCAGUCAGUCUGCCCUCGCC